GGGAGGUAUUGAAAUAUAUUAAAAGACAUUUCAGACAUUUUAAAUUAUUUGUUUGAAGACAGUUUUGUAAAGCAUCUGAUUACAAAUAUUUAAUGUCCCUUUACCUCAUAUAUACAAACGUUCUUACGUAUUUCUUGGUUUUCUGAAAACGUAUGUGGUUGAAAACACCCCUCUGCUGGACGUUGGAAGCAUGCGGCGCACGUCUGGCUGGAAGAAGUUGAGCAGCAGAGAGAGCUUGAAAGGAUGCAGGGAAGAUGGCGAUGAAUGUAAAGAACAGAGAUGCUUUUUAUUCAGGUGCUGACUAUUGCAAUAUCUACAGCUCUCAGCCUGUAAACUAUGGAGAUUGCAGCCAUUAUUUCCCUCGGAUCACAGGUCCAGACCCGAUUCUGAAGCCCCCUAUUAGUUUGAUGUGUCAGCAGCCACCUCAGCCCUUCCAGGCCAUGACCCCGACUCAGAACCUCAGACCUCCACCAGUGAUGAUGCCUGACCCCUUGCCAUUCCCACACUGCACUCCACCCAUAAAGCCACCUCCUCAUCUCCAGUUGCCACCCAACCCACCCUUGCCACCACCUCCUGUCAUCAGCCCAAAGCCCCCCGAGGAAGAUGCUCAGGCUGUGGCCGCUGACCAGGAAGCCACUCUGGAAGAGCUUUGCAAACCUUUGUACUGUAAGCUUUGCAAUGUCACUCUCAACUCUGCCCAACAGGCUCAGGCACAUUAUCAGGGGAAAAACCACAGUAAGAAGCUGCGCAAUUUUUAUGCCGGUAGCCAACAGCCUCCUCCCAUUACAAUUCCAGAAGUAGUAGAGCCUGUUUCCCAGCAACCCUCAGCCACUACACCCACAGAUUCUGCUAAUGCGACUGCCAACCAGCCACUCACUAAGGGCGCCAGCAGAGUAAUACUGGCCACGGAAAACGACUACUGCAAGCUGUGCGAUGCCUCCUUCAGCUCCCCCGCUGUGGCCCAGGCACACUAUCAGGGCAAAAACCACGCCAAAAGACUGCGUCUGGCCGAGGCGCAGCAGAACGCCACGUCCUCAGACUUGUCUGACACUCAGAGACGGCCACGGAAAGAAGGGUACGAGUAUCGAUUAAUGAAGAACCGCAGAGCUCAGUUCAACACUGCCAUGCCAGGCCCUUACUACAACCCACGGCCGAGGCAGCGUAUCCCACGAGACCUUGCCAUGUGCGUCACACCCAGUGGCCAGUUCUACUGCUCCAUGUGUAACUCGGGUGCCAGCGAGGAGGCCGAAUUUCGCCUACACCUGGAGAGCAAACAGCACAAAAGCAGAGUGUCAGAGCAGCGCUACCGCAGUGAGAUGGAGAACCUGGGAUACACUUAAGAAGAUUAGGGAUUCUGAGGAACUAACCUUGCCAUUUUGCAAGUAGCCACUUUUGUUUUAAAAUGGAAGAUGUUUUUGUUUCUUUAUGUGAUUAAUGUGUUAUUCCAUAAGCAAUUUAUGAGCUAGUAUUAGCAGCACACAUUGCAAAGCAAAGUUUCCUUUGUGCCAGAAUGAGAGGUAAUUUGUGAAAGGUUUUUUUAAUACGUUGAAGUCAAAAUUAUUUUCCUAUGAUUUUUUUUUCUUUUUCAAAUAUUUCCCAAA